GCAAAUGUACCCGGAGGGUCGGGGCUCGGGGAGUGGAGAUGCGCCUGCGCAGUUCUCCCGGGCCGUUCCCUACCUGCCAAGUCUGGAAGUUACAUAGACAGAAGUGGGCACCUUUGGAGUGCUAGGGCGCAUGGAGUGGACCGAACUGCGGGAGACCUUGACGGACGUGUCAUUUCACAGUUGGAGAGACAGAUUUCCUGAGAGCACAGUUUUGGAGCCAGAUAUCCUUGGGAUACUUCCCUUCUCUGGGCUUCAGCUUUACUCGUCAGUAAAAUGGGCUUGAAUCACAUCCAUCUGAAAAGCUGUUGAGGAGUUGAGAUCACACACGUAUAAGCGCUCAGCACAGGGCCUGAUACACCAUGAACGGGGAAACUGAGGCCAAGACAGGGAAGGGGACUCUCGCAAGCUCACUGCUGCAGCCAAGGGAGAGCAACCAGAGCCAGUGCCAGGACCCGCGUCUUCUACCUCUCGGGGUUAGAUGACUCCGGGGGUGGGAACUGAUCCGAGGAGGAGACUUGUUGUAAGGCCUGAGUUCCGUGCUUGUUCCCGUCCCCUCCCCCGGGUAUGGAGCUGCCCGGGCCGACCCCGGUCCCGAGUUGGGAAGAGGAUGAGUGUCUGGACUACUAUGGGAUGCUGUCGCUGCACCGCAUGUUCGAGGUGGUGGGCGGGCAGCUGACCGAGUGCGAGCUGGAGCUGCUGGCCUUUCUGCUGGACGAGGCUCCUGGCGCCGCCGGUGGCCUGUCCUGCGCGCGCAGCGGCCUGGAGCUGCUGCUGGAGCUGGAGCGCCGCGGCCAGUGCGACGAGAGCAACCUGCGACUGCUGAGGCACCUCCUGCGCGUGCUGGCCCGCCACGAUCUGCUGCCGCACCUGGCACGCAAGAGGCGCCGGCCAGUGUCUCCAGAACGAUACAGCUACGGCACCUCCAGCUCUUCAAAGAGGACAGAGAGCAGCUGCCGUCGUCGCCGCUGCCGCCGCCGCCGCCGCCAGUCAAACAGUUCUUCAGAUUCUCAGCAGGGCCAGUGGGAGACAGGCUCUCCCCCAACCAAGCGGCAGCGGCGGAGUCGGGGCCGGCCCAGUGGUGGUGCCAGACGGCGGCGGAGAGGGCCGCCAGCUGCCUCCCAAGAGCAGCGAGAGCCGGCCCAGCCCACCUCAGAAGGCAAAGUGACCUGUGAUGGGAAAACUGAGGCUCAGACAGACAUCCGGCUCCGGGUGCGAGCAGAGUACUGUGAGCACGGGCCAGCCCUGGAGCAGGGUGUGGCGUCCCGGAGGCCCCAGGCGCUGGCGCGGCAGCUGGAUGUGUUUGGGCAGGCCACCGCAGUGCUGCGCUCACGGGACCUGGGCUCUGUGGUGUGUGACAUCAAGUUCUCGGAGCUCUCCUAUCUGGACGCCUUCUGGGGUGACUACCUGAGUGGCGCCCUGCUGCAGGCCCUGCGGGGCGUGUUCCUGACUGAGGCCCUGCGCGAGGCUGUGGGCCGGGAGGCGGUCCGCCUGCUGGUCAGCGUGGACGAGGCCGACUAUGAGGCUGGUCGGCGCCGCCUGUUGCUGAUGGAGGAGGAGGGGGGGCGGCGCCCAACCCAGGCCUCCUGAUGCUGGAUUUGGCAAGACCAAUCCCACCUCCUAGCCUCCGGGCCACCUUCUCCCAGAGGACCAUCUGCCCCUAGAGGACUGUCACUCCAGCAGCUGUGAGGACAGCUGACAGGACAGCCGGGCCUCUUGACAGCCCCUCCCACAGGAUGUGGGCUCUGAGGCCUCCACCACUUCCAGUUGAGUUUCCUUCCCAUCCUCUCCCUGCCCCCCACCAGGUGUGUUUCCUCAGCCUCUGGAGGCCAGGGGCACAGGCAUGCAGAUCAACGCAGGGAAGGAGGCAUAGCCACACACUCACCAAAGGCCCCCGCACAUGUGGAUCCCCACCUUGGGCUAUCUGCACACACACUGCCCCUCUGCAGCCUCCCUGGGCUCUGCCCUGGCCUCCCCCAUACAGUUCUUUGGCCUAAGGGCUUCUCUCUCAGGAUCUCUGAUUUUACCGCCCUGACCCUGGGCACCGGCACUGGGGUGCACACAGGGCUGCCUCACCUUGCCCACACAUUUCUAGCCAGCCGGGGCCCUGCCUGCCUUCCACACACAAACCUGGCCCUCCUGCCUCCUCUGGUUCCUCAGAGCUAGACCCAGAUGUGUUGCAGCAGCAUCAGACCAAGGUCUGCUGCUGCCCUUGGGGCCAGGAUCAGAAAACAAUUGCCUUCUCAAGAAAGGAAGGCAAAGCUCGGGGACUGAUGGGAAAGGCCUUUAACAAAUGGCACCAAUAAAACUGUCCUGGAAGGGGCAUAAUUGGGCACCAAGAACCUGUAAGGCUCUUUCUUUAUGGGGUGGGGAAGGAUAUGAUGAGAGCCUGGGCCGAGAACCAAUCUCAGAGUAUUCCUGGCCCAGCGUUAGCGGCUGGAAGGUGGACAGGAUGCUGGGUAAAUCAUCUGCUAGCCGCCAUCCCAGGCUGGCCCUGUCUGGGUCUGUCUUCUCGUCCGUCAAAGGAGGAAAUACUGGCUUAGAUUCAUGAACUCUCCCAAUCCUGUGCAUACAUGCUUUGCUCAUAUACGUUUUUGGGGGUCCCAGUAUCUUUAGUGCAGUGAGGUGGGCCAGCUACACCCAAGGCUGACAGAGCCCAGAAAGGAUAGGCCAUCGGGGGCUCCCUGUUCAGAGUCCCUCUCCAGUUGGCUCCCGACCCUUACGAUGGGGCAUUCACCUUCUAACCUGGAUCUUCUCUGUGCUUUGUACUGCCGUGUGUCUACUGCUGAGGUGACCUCCUGCUCUUUCCCCACGCUGUGUUUAAGGGCACAGGAACUCGUUUGUUACACAAUACCCAGAUUUUCUUUCCUGAAGGGGAAGUGUACCAGGCUUAGGAGUUGGGGGUGGGGUGGGCAGAGAUUCUCAACUGCUGGUCUCUGCCUGGGAGAAAGGAUGAUCCUGUCCCCACCUCAGCACCUGUCAUGGUCCCUUGACCUAUUCCGUGGUGUACAAGGUGGAGCAGGAAGUCUAAGAGUUGAGUCCUGUCUAGGAGUCAAGUCCUGAUCAGCCAGUUGCUGUGUGGUCAAGACUGUUUAUCUUGUCUGGGGAGGGAGCUAAGUUCUGUUGGACACCUACUCAAGAUCUGUUCCACAUUCAGCUACUAGCCGAAAGGUGGAGCCCUAGUGGUGCAAUGGUUAAGAGCUAGGCUGCUAACCAAAAAGUCAUCAGUUUGAAUCCACCAGCCACUCCUUGGAAACCCUAUGGGGCAGUUCUACUCUGCCCUGUAGGGUUGCUAUGGGUUGGAAUUGACUGGGCAGCAAUGGGUUUGGCUUUUUUAGCUGAAAGUUGUUGAAAAAAUACAUUUCUAAUGAAUAAGUCAUUCGUCUUGCAAAAUUUUAUCAUCCUGUCUCUGGCAUAACUUCUAUUACCAAAGGCCAUAUUUUCUAACUACAGAUCCUCCUUCAUUGCCAACUUUUGCAUUCCAAUCACCAGUAAUUAUCAGUGCAUCUUGAUGACAUGUUUGAUCAAUUCUGGACUACAGAAGUUGGUAAAAAUCUUCAGUUUCUUCAUCUUUAGUGUUUGGAGCCACAGUCAAAUUCCAUGGAAGCAGCAGUCAAGAAAUAACUGAGGGACCGAAUUACUGGGCUGAGGGCUGUGGGGACCAUGGUCUCAAGGAACAUCUAGCUCAACCGACAUAGUUUAUAAAGAAAAUGUUCUACAUUUCUACUUUUGUGAGUAGCGUCUGGGGUCUUAAAAGCUUGUGAGCAGCCAUCUAAGAUACUCCACUGGUCCCACCCUGUCUGGAGUAAGGGAGAAUGAAGAAAACCAAAGACACAAGGGAAAGAUUAGUCCAAGGGACUAUUGGAUCACAACUACCACAGCUUCCACCAGACUGAGUCCAGCACAACUAGCUGGUGCCCAGCUACCACCUCUGACCGCUCUGACAGGGAUCAUAAUAGAGAGUCCCAGAGAGAUCUGGAGAAAAAUGCAGAGCAAGAUUCUAAGUCCCAAAAAAAGACCAGACUUACUGGCCUGACAGAGACUGGAGAAACCCUGAGAGUAUGGCCCCCGGCAUGCUUUUAGCUCAGUAAUGAAGUCACUCCUGAGGUUCAUCUUUCCGCCAAAGAUUAGACAAGGCCCAUAAGACAAAACGAGACUAAAGGGACACACCAGCCCAGGGGCAAGGACCAGAGGCAGGAAGGGACAGGAAAGCUGGUAAUAGGGAACCCAAGGUCAAGAAAAGGAGAGCAUUGACAUGUUGUCGGGUUGGUAACCAGUGUCACAAAACAAUAUGUGUACUAUUUGUUUAAUAAGAAGCUAGUUUGCUCUGUAAGCCAUCUAAAGUACAAUAAAAAAUAGAAAUUAUAAAAAAAAAUGACGUUUUACAUCGGGCAAAUCUGUUUCAAAAGACCUUUUUAGAGUGUUUAAAAGCAAAGACGUCACCUAGAGGACUAAGGUGCAUGUGACCCAACCCAUGGUGUUUUCAGUCAGUUCAUAUGCAUGUAAAAGCUGGACAGUGAAGGAAAACUGAAGAAGAAUUGAUGCCUUUGAAUUAUGGUGUUGGUGAAGAAUACUGACUAUACCAUGGGCUGCCAGAAGAAUGAACAAAUCUGUCUUGGAAGAAGUACAGCCAGAGUGCUCCUUGGAAGCAAGAAUGGCAAGACUUCCUCUCACUUUGGACAUAUUAUCAGGAGGGACCAGUUCCUGGAAAAGGACAUCAUGCUUGGGAAAGUGGAAGGCCAGUGAAAAAAGAGGAAGAUCCUCAGCAAGAUGAAUGGACACAGUGGCUGCAAUAAUGGGCUCAAACAUAACAGUUGUGAGGAUGGCACAGGACCGGGCAGUGUUGUAUAUAGGGGAAGCUAUGAGUCAGAACCAACUUGACGGCACCUGACAACAGCCGAAAGGUUGGCAGUUCAAACCCAAACAGAAGUGCCUCAGAAGAUAGGCCUGGCAAUCUGCUUCUGAAACAUAGCCUUGAAAACUCUACAGAGCAGUUCUCUGCACACGUGGGAUCGCCAUGGACUCCACCUCAAUUAACAGCAAUAUUUAGCCACUCUGUGUGAAGCAGGAAUUUUAUCUCCAUUUUUGACAGGAAAUGGGCUCAGAGAGAGGAAGUGACUUCCAUGAAGAAUGAAGAAGUGUUGAUGGAGAGCAUCUCUCCCCUAGUGACUCCUGUCAUAAAAGGAGGACAGCAGUUGCAGUGGGGAGGGAGGAGGAGCUUGCAUUCCCUUGUCACCUAUCCAGGCACCCUUCUGUCCUUUCCCUCAAACUGGGAGGCUCUCUUGCCCUUGGUACGGAGUGGGUUUUGUUUUUACCAUCUUCCAAGAUUUGGGGCUCUUCUCUACUUGGGGUUUACUGCCCUUCGGGUUGGGGUUGUUGCUUAUCCUCGCCUCUCCUGGGCUCUCCGCUACUUGCCAAAUUCUAGAACCCGUCUCUCUUCCUCAAGCCCUGGGGCUUGUCUCUCUGCCUGACAAGCAUAAGCCCCGCCUCUUUAUUGGACCAGUUUCAGGCUCCUCCCCCUGCUUCAGCUCCACAACACGGGCCUGAACCCUACCUCAGCGCCCCCAACUCUCCACCCUUCUUGUGGCCUCCACCCUUUCAGCGCUGGGUGGGCCUUUUUCUCUAGCACUUUCCAGCCCGAAGUAAGAAAGCUUUACUUUGAGGGCAAGGGAACCCCCGUGCCUGCACAGGAGUGCCAAAACGUUGAUGGCAGGAACCCUUGAAGCAGCGCCGGGACGUGGAGCCGCCAGAGCUUCCCUUAGCGCAUGCGCCAGGGAGCUUGCCUGGGCUUGCCAAUAGAUCGACCCUCGAGGCCAGAAGUGGGUCAGACCCAGGCCGUGAGGAGAGCCUACGGAGAUCAAAGAGCGUGAAAAGUCUGGAAACAGGAUUCUGUGGGGCAGGGUGUGGACGGGCCACAGCUAAGGGAGAUACGGGCCUGUGGGAGCUCAGAGGAAGGAGGGCCAGGGCAUCAAACAGGAGAGGAGCCAGGGGCUGGCUCUUGAAGUAUGAGUAGGAUGACAGGGCAUUCCAGGCAGAGAACAGCCCUUGUGAAAGCCUCAGGGAACAUUCCAGAAUGGGAUCUAGAGAGAUGGAGAAAGUUAAGUGGCAAUGCAGAGCCAGCCAUCCCCUAUCAGCAAUCAUCUGCUACUACCCACUGCUUCUUCAUAGGGAGCUGGGGGCGGGGGUGACAGACCCAAGCCCUGACAAUUACAGUACAAGAUAAUGUGUUGAAACUGAGGGCGGUCCUGGUGUGUAGGGUGUGGCGGCAAACAUUCCUCGAGGCCUCCUGUGUGCUAGGUGCUGAGCCGGGCUCUGUGAGAUGACCCCAGCCAGGGUACUGCCCCCUGGAAAACCCCUGUUCUGGUGGGUGAGCCAGACUGGGACACAGGGGUCACAGCCUAGAGUGGUCAGAGCCUUGACUACACAAGGGGCAGAGGCUGGAGGAGCCCAGAGGACACUGGGUAGAGGGACCCAGGAAGGCUUCAUGGAUUGGGAAGCUCCCUUCUCAUUCUGUUAAAAAAUACCACCACCACCAUCACCAAGAUACAUUUUAUUUGUGAAAUAUAACAUUCAGCAAAGUACGUGAAACAUAAAUGUACAGUCGAUAAGUUGGAAAACACUUGUGCCACCCACAUAAAUACAUGACAGCACCCCAGAAGCCACCCACUCACUUUUCUGUCAUGAGACUCCUUACUGAUCACAACCCCCCUGUUUCCCUAACUGGGACCAUUAUCCUGACUUUUACAGUAAUUAUGGCCAUUCCUUUUUCUUUAACUUUCUAGUUUUACAUCAACUCAUUGUAAAAAUGGCACGAGGGAGUGUCUGACCUCCUCUAACUUCACAAGGGGGAAGGAGAGUCAAGAUUAAGAGCCCAAGCCUGAUUCCUUUGAGUCGGAGGUCAGAUAUGCCUCCUCUCUCCACCAUCUGUACCAAUUCUGAUACCAACCAUCCCUCCCACGGCUCUCUGUACUUCUCUGCUGGGUUCUAUAAUCCAUUGCAAUGGCUACACAGAACUCACAGACCAUACUCAUGAUUAUGGGGUUUAUUAGGGAAGUAACAGGUUACAAUUCAGGCUCAGGAACACUCAAGGAUAUAGUUCUCCCAUCAGGACAGCCUCUUCCCAGCCAUGCUUGCAGGCACACCUCUCCCUGGCCCUCAGUCUCUGCCCAAAGGCACUCAGCUUUCUCGCUGCACAGGCCAGGAAGCCCACUGCACUGUCUCCUGCGGGUCUCUCCUUCCUUGGCAGUGGUGGACUCUUCUCUUUCCUAUCUCUGGAAUGGUUCAUUUCAAGCCCAGAGGGAUGGCAAAACUGACCAAUCCCUUUGGUGGGCCACAAUUACCAUACCUGCAGUCCCACUCACUCACUUGGGUGGAAGUUACGAGACCAUGGCUAGAAAGACCACAAAAAAGUCAUCCAUCCCACCACACUGAUGUAGUUAAUUUUCUCUCUGUUUGAACUUGGCAUAAACGGAAUCAUACAGUAUGUUUUCUGUUGUGUCUGGUUUCUUUUGCUCAACAUGGUGUUGGUGAGAUUGUUCCAUGGUGCACUUAUCUGUAGUUGACUCCUUCUUUAUUGUUGUAUAGUAUUCCUUUAUAGGGUUGCUCUGAGUUGAAAUCGACUU